AUGGAGAAGGUGAACAUCGAGCCAUGUGUGAAGAUGGACACCCAAACCCUUGAUCUUCUCAAGAUAAGAGAUGAUGUCACAUGGUACAUAAGGAAGCUAGGCUUGAGCAAGCUCUUCAAGCUAGAGUGUAGUGAGUACUCACAACUCACCAAGGAGUUCCUCUCCACAGUAGCUCUUGCCUUUCCCAACCACAAUGGAGACCAACCAGCUGGUGAUGGACUCCUACUCUUCAAGAUAGGCGAUGCCAAUGGGCGCAUCUCCAUCUCAGCUCUAUGCCAACUCUUUGGACUUCCCAAUGAGACAGCACAUGACUUCAAGGAGAACUCAAAGAGGAAACAAGCUGCCUUUGCUGAUUGGACACACUUUGCCAAUGAACCAUUCUUGCCUUCAAGGUCAAAGGUGUCUAGAAUCACUCAUCCAGCCAUUCGCUAUGUGCACCGCCUCAUCUCCACCACUUUCCAAUGCAAACAAGAAGCCAACAAGGUCACAACUGAUGAGUUCUACAUCCUCACCACACCAUUCAUCAAGCAUGAGUACAAGGCCAACCUUGGACUUUUACUUGCCAAGACAUUCAUCAAUGUGAGGAAGCUAGCUCAAAGACUUGGAAGGCAACAAGAAGCUUUGUGUUCGUUUUGGGAGGCUUAUCACGGCCAUAGAGUUGUCACUUUCCAGCCCAAUGAGGAAGACUUCUAUGUUCCAUCAAGUGAGAAACCAUCAUUCCCCAUGCUCACCUAUCGCACACUUCAGCAUGCAGUCAAGACUCAACGCCGCCUCCAAGAACGCCAUGUUCUCACUACUGGCAUGGCUGCGCACCAAGCUCUAGACCGUGUUAACAAGCUGGAGAAGAUAGUGGAAUGCCAAUCUCGCUUCAUCUCACGCCUAGUCGCGUAG